UGUGAGUGAGAUCCCGAGUGUGAGUGAGAUCCCGAAGGUGAGGAGGAGAUCCUGAGGCUGAGGAGGACACCGCCAGGAAGCGGAGAGACCGCGGGAAGGAGAAGAGUGGGCGCAGCUCCCAGUCAGCGGUUCAGACAGACCAGUUCUCAGGACACACUCGCGAUCGAUCGGUCGGUCACCGGAUCCAUCCGAAGAACUGAGCCGCCGUGACUUUGGAUCUCAGUGUCCCGGUCCCUUUGAGCCCUUCGCGCCUCCCCUCCCGGCUGUCUCGCUCUGCCCGAUAAGAUGGGGCUGAGGCCGCUGGAGUUCAGCGAAUGUUACCUGGACAGCCCCCAGUUCCGCGACAGACUAAAAUCUCACGAGGUGGAGCUCGAGAAAACGAACAAAUUCAUCAAGGAUCUGAUUAAAGACGGAAAGGCAUUGAUUCAGGCACUAAAAAAUCUCUCAUCCGCUAAGAGGAAGUUUGCGGAAUCGCUGAAUGAAUUCAAGUUUCAGUGCAUUGGAGACACGGAGACAGACGACGAGAUCUGUAUAGCGAGAUCACUCCAGGAGUUUGCAGGCGUUUUGAAAAACCUGGAAGAUGAGCGUGGACGUUUGAUUGAGAAUGCCAGCGAAGUUCUCAUCACCCCGUUGGAGAGGUUUCGGAAGGAGCAGAUUGGGGCUGCGAAGGAGGCGAAGAAGAAGUACGACAAGGAAACAGAAAAGUAUUGCAGUGUGCUGGAGAAACAUUUAAACCUGUCCUCAAAGAAGAAAGAAACGCAUCUGCAAGAGGCGGACUGUCAGGUUGAUGUUGUUCGAAAGCAUUUCUACGAGGUGUCACUGGAGUAUGUGUUCAGAGUGCAUGAGGUCCAGGAGCGAAAGAUGUUCGAGUUUGUGGAACCACUGCUUGCAUUCUUACAAGGGGUCUUCACGUUUUAUCAUCAUGGCUACGAACUGGCAAAAGACUUUGGUCACUUCAAAACCCAGCUUCAGAUCAGCAUUCAGAACACACGCAAUCGUUUUGAGGGAACACGACCUGAGGUUGAAUCUCUGAUGACGAAAAUGAAGGAGAAUCCUCUUGAGCACCAGAGGAUCAGCCCUUUCACAAUGGAAGGCUACCUUUUUGUACAGAAGAAAAGCCCUUUUGGAUCCAGCUGGGUGAAGCAUUACUGUACGUAUCAGAGAGAAUCAAAGAGGGUUACCAUGGUACCGUUCGACCAAAAAACUGGAGGAAAAGUAGGAGACGAGGAGCUGUUUACCUUGAAAUUGUGCACUAGGAGAAAAACCGACUCGAUCGAGAAGAGAUUCUGUUUUGAUGUGGAAGGAGUGGACAGAACAAGUGUCAUCACGAUGCAGGCAUUUUCUGAAGAGGACAGAAGGUUGUGGAUUGAAGCCAUGGAUGGCCGAGAGCCUGUGUACAACUUAAAUAAAGACAGUCAAGUACCCGAAGGCACCCAGUUGGACAAAGUUGGAUUUAACUUAGUGAAGAAAUGCAUUCAGGCCAUCGAAGAAAGAGGCAUUAAUGAGCAAGGCCUUUACCGAAUAGCUGGCGUCAACUCCCGGGUUCAAAAAUUGUUAGGUAUAUUGAUGGAUCCAAAAGGAGCUGAUGAUUUAGACUUGGAGACCUCAACUGAAUGGGAGAUAAAGACGGUCACCAGCACGCUUAAACAUUAUCUCAGGAUACUUCCAGCUCCUCUGAUGACCUACCAAUUGCAACGCAGCUUCAUCAAAGCGGCCAAGUUGGACAAUCAAGAUUCACGACUGUCUGAGAUCCACAGGCAGGUGCACCGACUGCCAGAGAAGAACAAGGCCAUGCUGGAAAUCCUCAUCAAACACUUGGCGAAUGUGUCCAAUAACCACAAACAGAACCUGAUGCCUGUUGCCAACCUGGGAGUGGUGUUUGGGCCAACCCUGCUCAGACCUCAGGAGGAGACUGUGGCUGCCAUCAUGGAGAUCAAGUUCCAGAAUAUCGUGGUUGAGAUCUUAAUAGAAAACCAGCAACAGAUAUUUCAGACUGUACCAGACUCUGUUGUGAUACAAACAAACCCUUUGCUGAAUUCUGCACCGAGAAAGAGUGGUGAAGGCAAGCCCCCAUUAUGUAGCCAGAGGCCCCUAAUGUUAUUUCAGACAUCCUCAACUGAAAACGAGAAGCGGAACAGUGUUCUGAACUCCAGCGCUGAGUCUGUGUUCUUGCCAACUGUGAAUAGCUCAUCCAAACCCAACACCCAUCGGCAAAGCUUUCACAGCCUGGGCUCUUCUGACCUAGAGGUGGCUGCAGUGAAACUGGAACGUCCCAAUUCUCUGGCUGUGUGGUCAACUUACGUGACUCUGCUGGCUAGAUACUGGAAAAGAGUAAAUCCCAAAACAAAACCCAGUCUCCACAGCCCUCUGGAUCCGAGCCCCAGCUCACCACUUUCACCCUCGUUGCCCAUGAUUUCAGCACCUUCGAGUCCAGUUCCCGUUUCCUCAACCUCCAAUGACUCCUCCCCUCUCAGUCCCCCAGGUCGCAAAGCUCGAUCCUUGUACGCCUGCAAAGCAGAACACGAGUCUGAAUUGUCCUUCAGUGCGGGAACCAUGUUCGAGAAUGUUCAUCCAUCCCGGGAGCCCGGUUGGCUUGAAGGAACACUGGAUGGGAAGACUGGAUUGAUCCCGGAAAACUAUGUGGAGUUUCUAUAGCCAAAGGGACGUAGCAUUCCAGCUGGACAUUACAUGGUAUCCAUGGCAUUCAUGUGGACAUCACGCAGAUUGUAAUUUUUGGCGUAUUCCCUCUGUAGCAGAGAUGCAAUGGGGACAUAUCUGUGAACUGGACAUAGAUGAUUAAUUUCAGGCCUAAUUUUUACUGCCUUGCAGUGUUAGAGCGACGCGAUUCAUUAAUUUAUCAGCCCAGAGUCUGUAAUUAUUUCUUAAGGACUUUGAUUUUAGUCCACGCUCUUCGUGAUUUCUCGAAUGGAUGUGUGUUUUAUUGUUGCCGGAUUUUAACCUGUAUAUAAUGGGGGGGAGAUUGAAUCUGCACAGUUACUGGAUAUCUUGGAAUGCUUGGAGAUGUAUGAUGCAUUUAGAGCGCUAAUAUGGAGCUUUCCUGUUGGGUAAGGAUCACCUUUCUGUUGGCUGCUGCUUUCCAAAAGAACCUUGAGCUGCCACAUUGGUAUUGACCAUUCUCUCCCUUCAGCCAGUGACCGACUGGUUUCUUGCUGAGGCUUCUCCCUCUUGCAGUCACACAACUGGAUUGUAGAAUUUCGCUGGUGCAUUGGCUUAGACACAGGAUGAGAAAAAGGUUCAGAUCAAAUGCCCACGUUUUUAUCCCGAUGAUGAACAUUUGAUUAUUUUUCUAUUUUGAUUAUCUAGCUAGGAAGCGAUGCUGUUUUUAUUUUCUCAAGAUAAGUGUGACUUGAUGGCAUUUUGCUUGCGUGAGAUAUUUGUUUACAUGAAUGUGAAUGGGCCUCUAGUUACCCAGCAGAAUGGGACUGUUACCAGAUGAAUGACUGUGCUGUCAGUUGAGAUGUUCUUUUAUUUUACAAUUGACGAAUCAGCCGGGACUCUCGUGUUUAAAAAUCCUUCCAGUGGCCGCCAGAGCCAAGCUAAGCAAAUGACUUGUUCCGUGUUCCUCCACAGGUAAAGCAUUUCUUACUCCUGUGCUGACUUGACUUCAAAUAAAUAAAAACUGAUCUUAUCCCACACAAUAGUCACGCAAGCUGAUUUGAAACCGCUCGUAAAAUCAGGGGACGAUGAAUUACAGACGUAGUAAAUUGCAGCCAGAGUUUAGUACCAGGUGUUUCCGGGAAACAGAUUGUAGCUGUUGUGAAGGAUUCUGAACUGAUGGUUGCUUUAAUGGUGUCUCUGGAACAGUCGACAAUGGACCUGUGAGGUUAAAAAUAAACCCAAACUGGAUGUUUUGAAGAUUUGAAAAUAAAACCACUGGAAAACCACAACAGGUCAAUCAGCAUUGAACGAGAAAGACAGGUUAACAGUUAACAAUCCUUCAGCAGAGCUAACUGUGGGCCGGCCACGUGGCCGGUUUGGGUGCUUUAACAUUCUAUGAUGUAAUUUAACAGGCUGACAGCACCAUAAAGCAGGCUUUUUAAAGGAGGAAGUCACACUGUGCGGUCGGUGUAAGUAUGGAACAGGAAGAAAGGAUUGAGAAAAUGUGAGGGAAGGAGAGUGUUCAUGGUGGAAACCUGUAUGUAUGUCACGCCACCUGUUAAUUUUCCUACAUUGGAAGAGCGAAAUGCACAUUUAGAAGAAUUUUUGCUUUUUUAAAAAAAAUAUAUAAAAAUAUUUUUUUUCCUCAAAGGAUCUGAUGUUUGGGGUAGUUGGGGAGGUUGCCAAGCCUCGCUUUAUGAUUCCUUGGUUAAACCUUAAUAUCCAAGUGGAAAAUCUGGUCCAGACUGAGAGACCAGAGUUACAUUUAUAUGAUUUUUAUGCCAGUGAAUGCCUUCCUUGUGGCACCUCAUAAAUUUCAGAUAUAAACUGCAGCUUUACAGCAACCUCACCUGCUCAAAGUAAUGACUAUUUUCAUUUUAGGAGCUGUGUUGGACUUUACAUUGAUUGUAUUUACCUUUGGCUGUUAAUAAUUAAACUGCAUUUUGAGUACA